AUGAAAGGGCUCAGCAUGAACAAGAUGCUGGGGAGCAUCAGAAAGAAGACUGGCGGCGGAGGCAGCUCAGAGAUUCCCCCGGCCUCGGCCGCGACUCCCGCCGAGAACCCAGAAGUCACCGCUCAUAACAGCGUGAAAGCGUUUUGCGAAUCUGGCGGCAACGCGCAGAGCGACGAGGUGCUCUUUCUGCCGCCCAUCGUCGAUGCCGCCGAGUCCUCCCCCGCAGCUGCCGCCGAGUGCGCUCGCAUCAUCCGCAAGUACAUGGGCAAGGAAUACUCGUCGCGGCCCUCGUGGCAAUAUAACGCCAUCAUGCUCGUUCGCAUCCUCACCGACAACCCCGGCCAGACCUUCACCAGGAACCUCGACGACAAGUUCGUCGACACGGCAAAAGCGCUGCUCAAAAACGCCAAGGACCGCAGCGUGCGCCAAAUUCUCAUGGAGACUCUCGAUGACUUUGAGCACACCAAAAUGUACGACGAGGGGUUGGGCCCCUUAAUACAAAUGUGGAAGAAGGAAAAGGAAAAGGCGCUCAAGGACCACGGUGGCCGCGUUCCCCCGCCAGGGUCACGUCCGCACCUCAUGAGCCCACCGCCGCCCAUGGUGAACCGGCACUCUCAGAACUACUUCGCCAAGGCACAUGCCAACAACCGGCUACCGGACCCCGUCGAGCUCGCCAGCCGGCUGGAAGAGGCACGGACGUCGGCCAAGCUGCUCGAGCAGGUGGUCAUGAACACUCCCUCGACGGAGAUGCUGCAGAACGAGCUGAUUCGCGAGUUCGCCAACCGCUGCCUCAGCGCUUCACGCAGCAUUCAGGGAUACAUGACGUCGGAGAACCCGAGCCCCGACAACGACACUAUGGAGAGUCUCAUCGACACCAACGAGCAGCUCCAGACGGCGCUCAACCAGCAUCAGCGCGCGGUCCUCAACGCAAGAAAACAGCUCGGCCUCAACACGCCGCACGAAGGGUCACCGGGGCCUGAAGCGACAAACGGCACGCAACGGCAGGAUAGUUGGCAAGGCACGAGCACGGGUGCUGGCAUUGGAAUUGGCGCAGGCCUGGGCGCCGGCGCGGCCAUCGUAUCGGGCGGCAACGGCAAGGGCAAGGAGGCCGAGUUCUACAACGCGCCCGACGGGCCGCCCCCGGUUGGCAAGGCCUCCGGGUCCGGAUACCGCCGCGACAACGACAACGUAUCCGCCGAGGACCCGUUCGCGGAUCCCCACCCGGGCCAGAGCUCAUCGGGCGCCUUUGCGGACCUAAGGCUGGCACAGGAGCCCUUUCACCCUGGCUUUCAGGCCGCCGGGCCCAACUUCGCCGACGAGAAGGAGGCGUUGAACGGCUCAGGGGCGUCUAGCACGACAGGUCUGCAGCCGCCACCGGGCCAGCGCAAGGCACCCAGCAACAACGACGACGAUGACAGCGACAUUUACGAGGCGACGCCGAAAAGCAAGGAGCCCAUCCACCGGUACUAG